AUGACGUUGAAGGGGUCGUUGGUACGGAUGAUCGAGUAUUGGCCGUAUUUGCCUGAUACAAAGGGAGUCUCGUGUCCUGUGCAGUUCACCGAUGCUGAAAUGGAUGGCUUCUUCGAGCAGGAACAGCUGUGGUUUGACUUGAAUAAAGCCGUGACAUUCUGGCAGGAACAGGUGGGCGUGAGUGAAGAUGGUUGGGCCAGUAAUGAGGGCUAUAAAGAGGCUGUUCAGAGGGUUGCUGAGCUUAAGGAUUCCCUUAUAGCGAUUGCAGAAGAUGACGAGGAGGAUAUCCGUUUACUGGAGAAAGGGUGGUUGUUCCUAAAAUAG